AUGGCUGAAUUCCAUGCGAGCGAUCCCUUCGACAUUCCAUCUGUGCCUUUAGUUUCAACCCCUCGUGGAGUCGAAACUAUACAAGGAGACUACAGGAUGUCGCAAGUAUGUUUCGCCGCCGAGUUAAAAAGAAAGAAAUUUUCGAUCAAAACUUCCCAUAAAAAGAAAAAAAAGCUGACACUCGAUGAGAACGCCCAGAAACGAGACUCGGAAGUCUUCUGGCAAUCUCAAAGGGCCAAAGCCCUAGAAGGGAAGCACGAACCGAUUUGCGAACCGGUAAUUUCGAUCUGCCUCGACGAAUCCUCUCCGGAGCGAUGCGUCGAGAUUGGAGCCAACCUCCGCGAGCCACUAAAGACAGAGCUCAUCGCCUGUCUCAAAAAGAACCCCAAUGCGUUCGCUUGGGCCGCGGAAGGUAUGCCAGGGAUCGAUAUCGGCAUAACGUAUCAUGAGCUUAACAUCGAUCCGACCUACAGACCCGUCAAACAAAAAAGACGAAAGCUAGGACCGGAGAGUGCUACCGCGGUAAACGAGGAAGUUGAGAAACUCCUCAAAGUAGGGUCAAUAACAGAAGUUGGAUACCCGGAUUGGCUCGCCAAUCCCGUCGUGAUCAUGAUGAAUCCCGACGAUCGUGAGGAAACUCCGUUCAUCACCGAUCAGGGAACAUAUUGCUACAAAGUAAUGCCUUUCAGUCUCAAGAAUGCAGGCGCCACUUACCAGCGACUUGUCAAUCGAAUUUUCUCCGAACAGCUCAGCAAGACUAUGGAGGUAUACAUCAAUGACAUGCUCGUAAAGUCUCUUGACGAGCACGAUCACGUCUCCCAUUUGGAGAAGUGCUUUGCAAGACUUAACACCCACAACAUGAAACUAAACCCUGCAAAGUGUAGAUUCGCUGUGGCAUCAGGAGAAUUUCUCGGGUACCUAGUCACGUGUCAUGGGAUCGAAGCCAAUCCUAAGCAGAUAAACGCAUUAAUAGAAAUGGUCUCGCAAAAGACGAAACGGGAAAUCCAAAGGCUAACCGGAAGAGUCGCGGCCUUGAACCGUUUCAUCUCGCGCUCGACGGAUAAGUGUCUUCCUUUCUACGACACGCUGAAAGGGAAUAAGAAGUUCGAAUGGUCGGAGGAAUUCUCCACAACAGCGCUAAGCAGCGUUUUGAUUAGAGAGGAAUGUGGUGAGCAAAAACCAAUCUUCUACAUAAGCAAAACGUUACUGGACGCUGAGACCCGGUAUCCCCUGAUGGAGAAACUAGCAUUCGCUGUUGUGACAUCGGCAAGGAAACUCCGGCCGUACUUUCAGUCGAAUACCAUAAUAGUCCUCACCACCUUCCCCCUACGAAUGAUCUUGCACAGUCCAAGUCAGUCAGGACGACUCGCAAAAUGGGCAAUCGAAUUAAGCGAGUACGACGUGGAGUACCGCCCAAGAACCUGCGCAAAAUCUCAAAUACUAGCGGACUUCUUGAUAGAAUUGCCCAUGGGGGAUAUGACAAACACGGAACCGGACUCAACCUGGAUCCUUCAUGUCGACGGAUCAUCGUCCAAACAAGGAUCCGGGAUCAAAAUCCGGCUCACGUCUCCGACCGGAAAAGUCUUGGAACAGUCGUUCCGAUUGGAAUUCUAUGCGUCGAACAACGUGGCCGAAUAUGAAGCACUCGAUUCCUCGCUCAGAAAACACUCAGGCGGAUGCCUUGUCGCACUCGCAUCAAGUUCAGAUUCUGGACUAAGACGAGUAAUCCCCGUCGAGUUCAUCGAACACCCAAGCAUCGGACCACCAGUGGUCGCCAAUCUGGCUCGGGCACAAAUCGAAAAUGCGGAGGAAGUUGAAGACCCACCAGAAGAAAACGUGGAUCAGUCGGAAUACGGCUGCGACAGCCCAUGGCUAGAGCAAAUCCGAGCAUACAUAAUCAACGGAACGCUUCCCACUGAGAAAUUGGCGGCCCGAAAAAUCAAGACCCAGGCCGCGCGAUAUGUAACGGUAGAAGGAGAAAUCUACAAAUGGAGAUUCUCCGGCCCACUCAUGACCUGCGCCGAAGGCGAAAAAGCAAGAAGAGUAAUGGAGGAGGUUCAUUUCGGAUCAUGUGGUAACCACUCCGGCGGAAGAUCUCUCGCCGUAAAAAUAAAACGCCAUGGUUAUUACUGGCCAACUAUGAUCAAAGAUUGUGAGAAGUUCGCACGGAAGUGCGAAAAAUGCCAAAGGCACGCGUCGACAAUCCAUCAACCCGCAGAAGUCCUCUCGUCCAUCUCGUCUCCGUAUCCCUUCAUGCGAUGGUCCAUGGAUAUCGUUGGGCCAUUACAUAAUUCGAAGCAGAAGCGCUUCCUCCUGGUCCUCACGGAUUUCUUCUCAAAGUGGUGCAAUGGCCAGGCAGAGACCAUCAACAAAACCGUCCUGGACGGGUUAAAAAAGCGCUUAGAAGCCAAAAAGGGGCGAUGGGUAGAAGAGCUCGAAGGAGUUCUUUGGUUGCAUCGUACGACCCCGAGAUGGGCUACGGGUGAAACCCCAUUCGCCCUCGUUUACGGAACGGAAUGUAUGAUCCCCGCGAAAGUAGAAUUUCCCGGAGUACGGAGAAGAUUCUUCCCCGAACGAGAAGAUCAUAACAGCGCGAUGCUGGACGAACUCGAUCUAAUUAACGAGCGGCGAAUCAAGCUCUCAUACGAAUCCAAAAUUACCAGCACGCCACCGUAA